AAAAAAACGCAUCAAUCUGAGCAGCACAAGUCUGGAUCAGAUCUGCUUCAGGUUGGAUUGAUUGGUGAUCGGUUCCCCGGGAAACAUGGCGGCGGCGAGACAAUUACGCACUCUCCAAUCUCAGCCUGAAAACAAGGUAUGUGUGGACUGCGCUCAGAAGAAUCCUCAAUGGGCGUCGGUUUCUUACGGAAUCUUCAUGUGCUUGGAGUGCUCCGGGAAACACAGAGGCUUAGGCGUUCACAUCUCCUUCGUCAGAUCCGUCACCAUGGACUCAUGGUCUGCGAUCCAGAUUAAGAAAAUGGAAGCUGGAGGCAACGAACGGCUCAACAAUUUCUUCGCGCAAUACGGAAUCGCUAAGGAGACAGAUAUCAUUUCCAAGUAUAAUUCAAACGCAGCUUCUGUGUAUCGUGACCGGAUCCAAGCUUUAGCUGAAGGUAGGCCUUGGAGGGAUCCGCCAGUUGUUAAGGAGGCGAUCGGCGGUGGCGGCGGAGGAGGUGUGGGGAUGAAUAAGAAGCCUCCGUUGGCUCAGGGUGGUUACGGAAACAACAACAGUGGAGGCUGGGAUAGUUGGGAUAACGAUGAUUCCUACAAAUCUUCAACUGAUAUGAGACGGAAUCAAUCAGCGAAUGAUUUUAGGGCAUCGGGAACUAGAGGAGGUGCACCGGUGAAGUCGAAGUCAUCGGAGGAUAUCUACACUCGAUCCCAGCUGGAGGCUUCUGCUGCAGGGAAAGAGAGUUUCUUCGCGAGGAGAAUGGCGGAGAAUGAGUCUAAGCCUGAAGGUCUUCCGCCUUCGCAAGGUGGCAAGUAUGUUGGAUUCGGAUCAAGCUCAGCUCCACCACCGAGAAAUAAUCAACAGGAUGAUGUUUUCUCCGUUGUUUCUCAGGGUUUUGGAAGGCUGUCUCUGGUUGCCGCAUCUGCAGCUCAAUCAGCUGCGAGUGUUGUUCAAACCGGAACCAAGGAGUUCACAUCCAAGGUGAAGGAAGGUGGAUACGAUCACAAGGUGAGUGAAACUGUAAAUGUAGUAGCGAAUAAGACAACAGAGAUAGGACAUAGGACAUGGGGAAUCAUGAAAGGAGUAAUGGCAAUGGCGACACAGAAGGUAGAAGAGUACACUAAAGAAGGAACAACUAGCUGGAAUCAACAGAGUGAAAAUGAGAGCAAUGGUUACUACCAGAACUUUGGAAAUGGGAACAAAGCAGCUAUUUCAUCUGUUGGAGGAGGAAGGUCGCAAUCAUCAUCAAGUGGUCAUUAUGACAAUUCACAGAAGUCAAAUUCUUGGGAUAGUUGGGGAGAGAAUGAGAAUAGGAAGACAGAAGCUGCAGCUCCAAAAGGGUCAUUAGCUUCUAAUGAUGAUGAUGGCUGGACUGGUUGGGAUGAUCAUGAUGCCAAAGAUGAUGGGUUCGAUGGUCAUUACCAAAGUGCAGGCGAUAAGAAAUCUGUUGGUCACAACGGGAAAUCAGACUCCGCUUGGACUGGUGGAGGUUUUCUCUAAGGGUGAUUCAGAAUGCCAACUAGAGUGUAUAAUUAAUUAAGGCUGGAACCGUCCUGGUCUGAAUAUACAUGAGAUCGGUCUUCAUCUUGAAACCAUUUUCAUCAAUUCCUCACAGGUCUGUUUUUUUUCAUAAGUUGGCAGUAUCUUGAUAUCUUUAUCUUCAUAUGUGGUAAUGAGUACCGUAUUUGUACAAGAUCCAUAGCCGACUGUUAGCUAAAGAUUUUUGGUUUUAGUCUUUCACAAUUUAAAUUUAUCUUCAACUGUAAUCACAACUGAACAUUCUUUUUCUCAAAAUUGCCUUGUUGGUAGUGUGAUAAUGUGGUUUUUCGAAACGCAUAAACAAUGCUGUUUUGGCAAUUUUCUAUAAAGGGUUUAGCAGGUUCAACGAA